AAGCGCCACUUCACUUUAAACACUACCGUCUUGAUAUCACACAUCCAGCAAGAUGAUUGUAUCAGAGCUUUUUGUCAGUUGUGUCAUUCUAGUGGUGGCUGUUGUAUUUUUUGUCAAGAAGUCAGUUCAGAGAUACAAGUUCAAAAAAUCGGUCAAUAAAUUCCCAGGACCACCUACUAUUCCAGUUCUAGGAAAUGUCAUGGAUUUGUUGGUGCCAAGAAAUGAACUUAUGAAAGUGUUCCGAAGCAGAACUGAGAAUUACGGUCCAAUCUUCAGAGUAUGGAACGGCCCAAUAGCGGAAGUCCACCUCACCAGGCCAGAGCAUUUAGAGCUGAUCAUGAGCAGUUCCAUGCACAUAGACAAGUCUAAUGUUUACACUCUUCUGCAGCCUUGGCUAGGCACAGGUCUAUUGACUGGAACUGGAGCCAAGUGGCAUUCCCACCGUAAGCUCAUCACUCCCACCUUCCACUUCAAGAUCCUGGACAUCUUCCUGGAGGUGUUUGUUGAAAAGUCGUCCAUCCUUGUAGAGAAGCUGCAGAAGGCUCCAAAGGACACUCCCAUGGACCUGUACCCCUUCAUCACUCACUGCGCUCUGGACAUCAUUUGUGAAACCGCAAUGGGUGUGUCAAUCAAUGCACAAGACGGGAACAAGUCAGAUUAUGUGUCGGCUAUCUACGAAAUCAGUGAGCUGACCAUUCAUAGACUCCUGAGACCUUGGUAUCAUCCUAACUUCUCCUUCUACAUGUCCUCCUACGGCAAACGCUACAAGAAGUGUUUAGACAUCCUCCACGGCUUUACCAACAAGGUUAGUUCCACCCUGACUUUGGUACAGAGCACAAAGGACACAACCCACUUACUCAAGAAAAAAAUUCUAGGCAGUUGACAGUACACAAUUGAAGUUACUAAUUGUAUAU